ACAGUCUGGGGUCUCCACUCGCGCUCUGCGGCUGCUGGUCGCUGUCAUCAUGCAGGUGGAAUCUGCGCAAUGUAGCUCAAGGGAUCUCCAGCAAAACACACCAGCCUCCACGGGCCUACAGCGACCACACGCCCGACUCCGGACUCCUGAGACCAGACUGUGGAGGAACCAGUCAACAUUAAGCCACGGGAAAUUAACAGCAAAUUAGAAGAUUGUUUUUUCGCUUUCAGUUUAGAAAUACGGGCUUCAUCAAUUUGACACCAGAUGAUUUUACAGCUGAAAUAAGAAUUCCUUUAAGCAUUAUUCUGCUGUUGUGUCGGAAUGUUCUUCUCUACUGGCGCAGUCUAACUCAGCUGGAAUCGCAUAGGAUGCCAUACAAUCCCAUAGGGAGUGACUCUAGCAGCAAUUUCCAAGAAACGAAAAGGACGUAGUAUUUAUCCUGCGGAUCUUUUUUACUUUACACACACGUACACGAUGGAUGAAGGCACUGCCAGCGAGACCAUCCCAGAUCUGAAAGACAUAGAGGUGAAAAUUGGCCGGAAGACCCCAGAGGGUUUGCUCAGGUGGAUGCGGGAAGAUGCGUCCUCUCUCCGGGGAGACGCCAAGCUGACCACAGCGCACGACACCAGUAAGGAGACGGGGACGAAGAGUUUGGAUGAAAAGAUAAGGAAAUUGAAGCUGGAGAUGGCUCACUUGCGAUCGGUGGAUGUGAAGAUCUUGCAGCAGUUGCUGGCGGUCCAUGAAGGCAUUGAGGCAGUGAAAUGGCUCCUAGAGGAGCGCAGCACGCUGACGAGCCGCUGCAGCAGCCUUACCAGCAGCCAGUACAGUCUGGGUGAGGGCCCCGACACUUCCUGGAGAGGCUCUUGGAGCAGCCUGCAGGACCCCAAUGACAAGCUGGACAACAUCUCCAUCGGCAGCUAUCUGGACACCCUGGCAGACGACAUGGAUGAGUACUGCCCCUCUAGCUCAGAGUCUGUCAUCUGCCCCAUCACACCGCUUGUCUCAGAGGCUGCUGCUGGGGGCCGGAUAGGAGGAGGCCCUGGGGCUACAGUUACAGCAGCAGGGACAGGAGCUGGGGUAGAGUUGAGGUCUGGUAUUGGGCCUGAAAGUGGGAUUUGGGCUGGGGCAAAUGAAAAUGGAACUGGCAUUGGAAAUUGUACAGAGGUGAAAGGUGGACCAGGGACUGGGGUUACCAGUGCUAUCACUGGGACAGGGAUUGCUGGGCGUGAAACUGGGAAAUCAGCUGUUCCUGUUAGCUCCCCUCAAGCCAAAUCUGAGGGCUCCAAGCAAGCUGCUCCGGUCUGGACCAAGGUUGCUGAGAUUGGUAAAGGAAGCCCUGUUUCUAAGAACAAUACCCAGACACAAACAGUUAAGGCUAAUGGUGUCCUGGAGAAAGCAACCAUGCAAACAGGCAGCCCAGCCUUUCCCGGCCUCAACGAGAAACUGGGAACCAACCAGAGCCCCAAACUCAAACCUUACAAAAACGGAAAGAUUGACAUGGAUACUUGCAAAAUGAAUGGCAGAAUGCAUCUGGAGUACGACGCGCACUGGCGGUGGGUGCAGUCACAAGAAGAUGUGACGUUUUUGUAAGGAAUAUAAUAACAGACUCUCUAAAGCUAUCACUGUAGGAUAGAAGAAGAGUGAACCGCUGUUGUGAAAUGCACAUAGUGAGGCUUUCCUUGUUGAACGACACUAGGUUUGACAAAGAAUAACAUUUUUGUCUUGUUGUUCCCUUCUGUGACUGCACUAACUUUCUAUAAAAUAUUGAUGUCAGUAUUAAGGUGGAUGCACAUAACAGGAUUCUGACCAUAUUUAGCCAAACUUAGAAAAAAAUCAAUUCUAAAAUCCUGUGUCAUAGCUUUUCUCAGGGUCUUUCUUGGCAUUCCCUGACCUUUUCUCUUUUCUUUUCCUUUCUGAAGAACAGUGAGAUGAUCUGCCGGAGAGCUGAAACAUGAUUUUGAGAAUUACAUCAACCAAUGUAAAUUAGAAGAAAUUAGAAGGAUUCCCAUAAACUACAAUUUCUCUGCUUUUACUAAAUAAUUGAAACCCAAGGACACAACAAAAAUUUCAGACUUCCCCCAACCCACCCGAAGAAUAUCACUCUGAAGUCUCCUUAAAUACUUAAAUCCUCCUGUGGGGCCCUCCACAGUCAUCACCACUACUAAAACCACUGUCGUACUGCAUUUAAAAUAGUAGAAGACCAAAGUUUCCCCCCAUCGACCCAUUAUGUUGGAGUCACAAAUUCAAUUGAUUGUAUAAACAAACCCUUUGACUCAAUAUAGCAGACAAUAUAACUGAACACGUAAUGGUUAUAGACAGUAUUACUUGAUAAAAUAUUAACUAAAAAAGUGAAACAUAAGUAGUACAAAACAUUUUCUAAAAUCUGUGACUGUGUUUCUCCCCGAACUCGUAGCUACCAGAACAAAAAGUAGAAGAUAUGAAAAUAGAAGACACUGAGGUUAGUAAAAGUUUCCCUCAUAACAUCUGUGUCUUUGUGAAGCUAAUGCCUUCAAUGCUUAACCAACCAUCUGCAAUAUUGUAUAUUCACUGAAUCACAAUACAGCUUCUCUGUGCAUCAGGUACUAGUUGUGAAUGGUGGUAGGCAAAUACUGAAUAUGGCUGAAUUUCCUUUUCUUUUUUAACAGUAAUGGUAACCGUUGCUAGUUUUCAUAAACAGCUGUUGUGCCUGACUGGUGUAAACCUUAACUACAUAUGCCUGUACUUUCCCCCCUGAGAUGACUGCACUGUUGUUAAGAUAAUCUGACUUUGUUGAAUGAUUUUAUUUGUAUUAUUUUUGCCUUCUCUCUGCUUGCAUGAACAAAUGGCUAAACCAACAGUCUGUGCGCUCUCGCCAUGUAAGUGUUGACUGGUAAAUGUGUUAUGUUAGCUGGGUGGAUAUUGCAUGCCCUGUGCUGAAAGCUUUACUGGUUAAAUCAUCAGAAAUGUGUGGAAGACCCAAAACAAUCAGAGAAGAAAAGCAAUAUUUCUUGAAGCCUUUCUACUAGCUUACAUAAGCAGCCUUUUCUCAGCAAAUGAAAUCUGAUUCUUGUGUCUGUUCUUCAGGACUUUCCAAAACUACUGACAGGGAGAGGAUGUGUGUGUUUGUGUGUGUGAGAGAAACAGAUGCUAACUGCCUGUCUGAGCACAGUUGGCCUGUCAUGUUUCGGGUAAGAAUAGACGAGUCCCAAAAGUUUUCUGGUGUUUUUAGCUCAUUCAUCACACCGUUAAUACAUCUCCUACCAGUCUGCAGUUAGUCAUGUUAAUGCUGCAGGGGUAGUGCAAAAAUGUUUGAAAAAAUGUCACAUUUACAACUUGAAAUACGUUUUUGAAAAAAUAUUUCGUUGAUUUCAGACAGAGAUAGGCACUUUUGUAAUGCACAAAUGCCAACGGCCAAACAAAAAAGAAAUUCAGAAAUUCAUCUGAACUUCCUCGCUCUCCCCUGUAAAUCGGGCCAGAAACAGGUUAUUCUAGAUCAAUUCACUUUCUGCUAGGCCUCACUGUAACAGACUUCUAUGUUUAUAGGCAGCUACAGUGAGAUGUUAAACUCAGCAUCUCUUUGAGCCACUGAAGUGUUUCCUCUCCUCUUUCUCCUGCCUUUUUUCAUCCUACUUUCCACCACCACACUGGUUCAAUGGAAAUGUUCAGUCUGAGCCAACACACACAUCAUGCACACACAAUGCCCCUCUCGCUGGAGACAGCACCAUAAAGCCGACACCACAGAAACAGUGACUGUAGGCCAGACCUGGAGACAGGCAAGGAAAACUGUGCUCAAACUGGACCUUGAACUCUUCGACAAGUGGGAACAUUUAAAUAAUAUCUGUCCCUUUGUUUUUCUUUCCAUCUAAAUAUCUUUGAAUACAAAAAGAAGAGCAUCUAUCCAUUGCUGGAUAUGAAUUUCAACCAUGGUAUAUAGCUACAGUAUAGACAUGAAGUCAUUUGAAACCUCCUUCCCCUUUUUAACAUAUGUGUUGGCAGUAAUGCAAUAUUACAUGCCAAAGAGACUGUCUGCUCUGCUAGUUUGUGGUCUACUUUCCAAAUUCGUUGAGCUAUAUAGGGGGAAAAAACAUUUUUGUGCAGUGAACAAAACUGUAAAACACAUUACAUCAAGCUAUAGUAUGUCUCGCUGAUGCUAUACUGUAACCCAAGAUGUUGUAAUGUGUUUUCACUGGGAACAUCCAGUAGGUCCAAAAUGGAAUAUGAACAUUGUUUUAAACCACUCAUUGGCAGAGAUUUAAUGGGUGGCUGACAAUCUAGGUUCCAGGAGAAAAUUGCUUGUGGCCUCAUUGUUUUUGAAAGAGGGAUAAUAACUGCUGUGUGCAUGGAUAAGAAUGGAAGUCUUACUAACUGGCAAGCUUGCGGAAAAUACCUUUCAAAGAAGAUUUUUUAGAGGGUAUGGAGGUAAACGCAACCCGGUGGGCUUGCCCCCUGAAAUCCUUCUGUUCUUUCCUAUUAUGAUGGCCAGGAUUUAUCAGAUGCCCAGUGCAAGAUGUGUUUGCCUUGGCUUCAGGUGCCAGGCACCCUCCAGCUAUUCUGGGCACAAGACAAACAGCAUGAUUACAGAGGAGUGGAUAUCCACAAGGUUGCCAUGACAAUGAAAACGAGCAGGCUUCAGCUCCAGUGGCUACAUAAAACAGUAUUUACUGCAGUGCUAGUGGCAGUAUAGCUGUACUGUUUGAAUGGUGACAGGUGAGAUGAAAGCAAUGAGAUAAGACGACUGGUUAAUGUUAACAGAGUCAGAAUAAUAGCCAUUAGAACAACGUUUUGACACCUUUAUAUAUAAUUUGUGAUGAAUCCUGAUCACAUUUUCAUGUGUCUCGUCCUAGUAAGGCACCCUUUAUAAAGGGUUGUAAGAUUUAACUAAUGGUUUUGUUAAUGGUUUUUUUUUCUAAUUUACUAAUUAAAGCCAUUAAUAAUAACUAAAUGUGGGUUACCAAGUAGUGAAAAAUCCCAAAGCUGCAGACAAUCUGGACCAACAUCAAUUUAUUAACUUAUUAACACUUGCAGACGUGAUGAUUCACACAGUUUUAUUAAUGACAAACAAACCAUGAGCUGCAUUAUUACAAAUACAAAUACAAAGGAUAAACACUAAACUAAAGGGAUUUUUUACAACCACGCAAGCCAAAAUUUGUGUUGAUCAAUGCUUAUAACUGAACGUAAAUUAUUAUUUAACCAUUAAUAAAGCCAUUACUUUAUCAAAGAUGCCUUUUUAUAUUCUGAAAAGCACCAGUAAUGAGAUUUAAUAUCCUGUGGAAUAGCUAUUAGAUAACAAUCAUACAGGAUGAGGGAAUGUGAUUUGAUCUGGCUGCUGCAAAAAGCAUUAGUUCAGAAUUAGUUCAACCCCUCGGAUGAGAGGCGAAACAUCUUCAAAUAUUUCCAACCAGUCCAGUUGCCCUUGAUUUUAACUUUCCUUGGAUAGUUCAGCAUUAAUAGAAACCUCUUAAAAACUUUCAAAAGAGAAAAAAACUAAUGAAAACUAAAUUAGAUUUCUCACAGUUCAUUAUAUACUUGUGAAUAAGGAUCAUUCUUGUCCAAAGUUAGACAAGAUGUGCACAUCUUCCUUGUCCAGGUACUGAGAGAAAACAAACUGUAAUUGUGAUAUCUACCUCUCAAAGUAGUCUCAAUUUGGGCUCAAAACAUAUUUUUUCUAAUGUAAUAAAAUAGACAUUUAAAAAGGAGUGUUGAGAGACACACAAGAUAAAAAAAAAUCCUUCUGUCAGCUUCAGAUGAGAAUUAUGUUCCUAAAGAUGUAGGGAUUCAGCAUUUUAGUGCAUUUAAGUUUUUUGUUUUCAUUGCAGUGCAACAAUAUGCCCAGUAUAUCACAAUACAUAUAGUCAUUGCUGCACUGAUUUUACUUCCUACCUUCUGCUUCUGCAUUAGCACACAUCUCAGCUAUAUUUCUAUUAGCCACCUGAAAUUCUGUCAAGAGCCCUUUGCUUGCAAGUUUUGGCCAUUUUUGAGAAGCUAAAAGACAGACUGGUUGUGUCUCCCUGGAGUUAGAACAGAGGGAUAAACAGUGUGCUGAGCGGCAUAGCACACACCAUGCAGCAAAAAGGAAGCUUCUGCUGCCGGUGUCGUGCUGUUUUCUUCCUUUCUCUUAUACAUACACAAACACACACAAGCACAAUGUAUCCAGUGACUGACUUGGGUAUCUAUGUACCUGACAGCCUCUCAAAGAGAGCCAUUAAGCAUUUCAUUUCCUUUCCUUGAAUCUUAUUUAUACUUUUGUGUGUGUGUGUGUGUGUGUGUGUGUGUGUGUGUGUGUGUGUUUUAUUCACACCCCAAACUCAAAGAAAUGGAAGUGAAUUGAAACAAACCACACUGAGUGCACACUGGGCUCUGAACAGGGUCCAACAGACACACAAAGCUUAGAGGACUGAAAGAUAAAAGCCACAGAGACUGACUGUGUUUCACUGGAUCAGUCAAAUCAAUAUUUUGCUUGAGUGAGUAGAAUUGUUUUUAUUUCCAUGGUAUAAAGCAUUUUUUAAAAUAAUUUUGUUAUGGAAUGUGACCAGAGAAAAUUUUAUUUUUUCUUUGUAAAGUGGAAAUGUUCAACAAAUAACUGAUUAUGUCCAUUAAUGUGGAGAAUUAUAUUAUGCAUUGUGUAAAUUAUACAAGCUUAUCCAAUGAUUAAAGAUAUUUUAAAUGUU